AGCCGUAGAUCCGUCCAUCAAGGCCGUCUGCUGCACGUCGCAGCCCUCAUCGGACGGCUGUUGUCAAACCUCACCUCGAAGCCGCCUCACCUAUAAAACUCCUUCCACCCCUCCUGCAAGUUGCAACUUGCAAACCUUCCCUCAACUGCCGGCUCCCCGCCCCCGCCUCCUAUCUUCAUCCUCUCUAUUCUCCUCACCGCACAAUCACCACUAUCGCCUCCAGAAGCCACGGAACCCGCGAUGCAGUACCCUCCGGCGACGUUGAUGAUGCCGCACCCGAUGGCGCCACCACCGCCGCUGCCGUUUACCCCGCCGCCCUUCUUCGGUUACCACCAGCCGAUGCUUCCGCCGCCAGCUCAAGGGAGAAGCAGCGGCGAGGAGAACAAGACGAUCUGGGUGGGAGAUCUCCAGUACUGGAUGGAUGAGAAUUAUCUGCAUAGUUGCUUUGGACAUACCGGCGAGGUCUUCUCCAUAAAAGUGAUACGCAAUAAGCAGACUGGAAAGUCAGAAGGAUAUGGUUUUGUAGAGUUCUUUAGUCAUUCAGCAGCGGAGAAAGCAAUUCAGACCUUCACAGGCAAUUUGAUGCCUAACAGCGACCAACUUUUUCGGCUAAAUUGGGCAUCGUUUAGCAUGGGUGAUAGGCGUUGCGAUAUUGCAUCUGAUCACUCUAUAUUUGUAGGGGACUUAGCACCAGAUGUUACUGAUACUCUGUUACAAGAAACUUUUUCCAGCAAAUAUUCAUCUGUAAAGGGUGCCAAGGUUGUUUUUGAUGCAAAUACUGGCCGCUCAAAAGGAUAUGGUUUUGUGAGAUUUGGAAAUGACAAUGAAAAAGCACUUGCCAUGACUGAGAUGAAUGGAGUUUAUUGUUCUAGCAGGCCCAUGCGUAUUGGAGCUGCAACUCCAAGAAAAUUAUCUGGUGGUUUAGGAUCUGGCAGUGCAUCUGGUCUGGGCUCCCAGGCGAAUGGGGAUUCAACUAACACAACUGUAUUUGUUGGAGGGCUUGACCAAGACAUAAGGGAAGAUGAGCUCAAGCAUGUCUUUUCUAAGUACGGUGAGCUUGUAUCUGUUAAAAUUCCAGUUGGGAAGCAAUGUGGCUUUGUACAAUAUGUUGAAAGAAAAAAUGCUGAAGAGGCACUAGAAGCGUUGAGUGGAACAAUGAUUGGGAAGCAGACUGUUCGCCUUUCAUGGGGUCGCAAUCCAGCAAAAAAGCAGUUGAGAUUUGAUCCAACGAAUCAGUGGAGCGGAGGGUACUAUGGUGGGCAGGUCUAUGGGGGCUAUGGCUACGGAAUACCUGUUCAUCUUCCUGGCAUGUAUGCUUCUUAUGGCCCUUACUCCAUGUAUGGCAGCUUCCAACAACAAGUGAGCUAAAUAAGCUGUCUCUAUAGGCGCUAAUUAAUGAUAUAUAGCAUUGCAGAAUACGCCUAAAUAUCAAUAUUUGCCACCUAAUCUAUAUAGUUUCUAGGAUAUGAUGUGAUGUGUUACACUAUAGGAAAAUUUUGACUGGUUGCUGUGAUUAAACUAGAAUUCUUUGUACUCUAUUGGUGUGAUUUAAGAUAAUUAUUCAUUCAUUUAGAUA